AUGCACCUAGAGAAGCAUGAAACGCUAGAGCAGGUAGUAGAAGGGCUUGGCUUUUUGGAAACCGAUGCAGAGAAGGAUAAGCAGAUGCGGGUGACACUAGUUACGGUACAGCAUGAUAAGAUUGAAAAAAUCGUGCUUAAUUACUCGUUUUUGACUCCAAAAUCGUGGAAUCAGUUCUACACAAACACAUCGGUAUGCAUAUUGCAUUCUUUGGACUUGAACCAAAUUCAUCGGGUCCUCUGUCGAGAAAUAUUACGAAUGCAAAUGAAGAAACUGGAGAGCGGCGGAUAUGUCAAUCCAUUGGAAGUGCAAGGUGACAUAUUCAUCCUAGACGGGUUUGUGGCCUCUCUUUCGAUUAUUUUCUCACAAUUUGUGAGUCAUGAGCGAAUAGAUUACGACAUGAUGAACUUUAGAAAAGUGUUCUUGAUCCUGGAUCGGAUAAAGAAGCUUGAUGGGCUUUUGGGCGAGAAUGUACGGCUCAACGAGUCAAAUGAGAUAUGGGAAGUUGUGGACAAAAUCUUCAUACCAUGCAAAAAAGAAAGCAGCUACUCGAAACUUGUAGAAUAUUUGAGUGACACGCCAGAGGACCCAACACAAAAGGAGGCACGGAACGUGGUUUUGGGAUGCGAUGAUUUCGUGAGUUUACGACAUAUUUUAAAUUUCUUUGGCAUUAAAGGAGUCACAAAUAUAGAAGAGAAGUGA